UAGGGGGCGCUCUGACGUCAGAUCAGCGUCAAACUGACGUAAACAACGUAACGCACUGAAGAAACGUCAACGGCGGCUUCGCAGCGACUGACGCAGGUAGUGAAUGGCAGCGUCUUCGUCCUCGUCCUCGGCUGGAGGAGUCAGCGGCAGCUCGGUCACCGGAUCCGGCUUCAGUGCUUCCGAGCUCAUCCCGCCCAGGAAAGUGCUGUACACGUAUCCCAAAGGAGCCGGAGAGAUGAUGGAGGAUGGAUCUGAUCGAUUUUUAUGCGAGUCUGUGUUCAGCUAUCAAGUUGCAACCACACUGAAGCAGGUGAAACAUGAUCAGCAGGUGUCACGCAUGGAGCGUCUGGCCGGACUGGUGGAGCAGCUGGAGGCGGAUGAGUGGAAAUAUAAACCCAUCGAGCAGCUCCUGGGGUUCACGACCUCAUGACUGCGUUCAGAACUGACGGAUCAGUUUUUCUGCUCGUACACAUAUUCAUUGGUUUUUACCCGUCUUGAAUCAGCUGAAGUUCAUACGAAUGUACUGUAGGUGUAUGUUGUGUUGUUUUGUUUUGCACUGCUUUAUAAUCAUCAGUGUUUGUGAUCACGUGUGUAAAUAUGCAUUGUGUUUAUAGAUACAGCAUUAGGAAUACUUUAAAAUAAUAGCCCCUUGUUUUCAGUGUGGAUUUGUAUAUGUAUGACAAUAAAAGCCUUUUUAAGCACAA